AUGGUGAUCUCACUGCUCCACACGCAGUGGCACAUGCUCGCCCAGCUGCCCCUGCAAUGGCAGCUCCUCCUCCUUCUCGCCGGCCUCCUCCUCCCCGUGGUCUCCUACCUGCUGCUCAUAACGAGGGGCGACGUUGAGGGAGGACGGCUGAGGCUGCCGCCCGGCCCUGCGCGGGUGCCGGUGCUCGGCAACCUGCACCAGCUGGGCCCGCUGCCGCACCGCAGCCUGCGCGACCUAGCCCGGCGGCACGGCCCCGUCAUGCUGCUCCGCCUCGGCACGGUGCCGACGCUGGUGGUCUCGUCUGCCGCUGCGGCGCGAGACGUGAUGAAGGCCCACGACGCCGACUGCUGCAGCCGGUUCGCGUCCCCGGGCCCCGCGCGGCUCUCCUACGGCGGCAAGAGCAUCGCCUCCUCGCCCUACGGCCCCUACUGGCAGGACAUGCGCAGGCUCUUCGUCGCCGAGCUCUUCGGCCCGCGGGGCGUCCGCGCCGUAUGGGACGCGCGUCGGCAGCAGGUUGACAGGCUCAUGGCCACCCUCGGCGCGGCCGUGGCGGCAGCGACGGCGGCUCCGGUGGCGAUGGACCAGCACGUCUUCCGCGUCGCCGACGGCAUCAUCGGCACCGUGGCGUACGGGCGCAUCUACGCCGCGGAGGCGUUCGCGCGCAAGUACGAGCAGUUCCAGCACGUGCUCGAGGAGGCCAUGGCCAUGUCGGCCAGCUUCUCGGCCGAAGACUUCUUUCCCAACGCCGCCGGCCGCCUCGUCGACCGGCUCUCCGGCAUUAUCGCGCGGCGAGAGAGAAUCUUUAGGGACCUCGACGCCUUCUUCGAGGCGGUGCUGGAGCAGCACCUGGACCCCGCGCGCCCCAAGCCAGAGAGCGGCGACGGCGACCUGGUAGACGCCUUCAUCAGCGCCUGUGAGGAGCACGGCUUCACGAGGGACCACGUGAAGGCCAUGCUCCUGGACGCGUUCCUCGGCGGCGUCGACGGCAGCUCUAUCACCAUCGUGUGGGCGAUGUCGGAGCUGAUCCAUAACCCGACGGCGCUGAAGAAGGCACAAGAUGAGAUCAGGGCCGCGGUGGCCGCCAGCGAUGUCUCGCCGCCGGGGUUGCCAGUCCAGCCAGACAACCUGCCCAAGCUAACCUACCUGAAGAUGGUCCUCAAAGAGACCAUGCGGCUGCACCCGCCGGCGACUCUGCUGCUGCCACGGGAGACGCUGCGGCAGGUGGAGAUCGGCGGCUACGACGUGCCGGCGAGGACGCGCGUGCUGGUGAACGUGUGGGCCAUCGGAAGGGGCCCGGCAAGCUGGGGGCAAGACGCGGACGAGUUCAAGCCGGAGAGGUUCGAGACGGACGGGAGGCACGGCAAGGUGGACUUGCGCGGCGCGCACUUCGAACUGGUGCCGUUCGGCUCGGGCCGGCGGGUCCGCCCCGGGCUGGCCAUGGGGGUGACGACCGUGGAGUUCACGCUGGCCAACAUGCUGUGCGGCUUCGACUGGACGCUGCCGGAGGGGACGGCGGCGGAGGAAAUGAGCAUGGAGGAGGCCGGCAAGCUAACCUUCCACCGCAAGACGCCGCUGGUGCUCCUGCCCACGCCGUACCACUGUAAUUAG